AGCUAAGAGAUUCACGAAUUAGAUUUGGUCUUUGCUCUGUUUUCUGGAUAGUGUUACUUUCGUGAAAAUUUACAUUAUGGGUUCAAAUUUCCAGUUUUUGUCUUUCGACAGCCAUGUUUCAUUCAGUAAAUAUUGAGCAGCCUACCCUAUAGACAAUGCAGCUACCCAUGCGCUAAUUUGAGCUCCAGUGCUACGUAGACAGCUGCAGCCUCAGGCGUUACUGAAAAAUUAUUUGUUCUCAUUUUAUGACAGCUGGCAAUUAAAUUCAGUGGUUAAGGUAAAUGUUGAAGACGUCUUAAAAGGAUAUAAAGGAUUCAUCACUUUCAUUUCUUCAAGGAGAGCGAACCUAAGAUUAUCAUACUUCGAGCAGUGACUUCAACGGAAUUGAACAGGCGAACUUUGGUGGAAACGUCUAAGAAAGCGAUUAAAAUAUGCAGUUUGUGUUCGUUCUUCAACUUGUCAGCAUGCUAUUGAUGCCCCAGACUGUCAGCACGCUAACCACGGGUUGUGAAGUUGCCAACUGGUUGCACAGCAUGGACGUGCAAGGUUGGUCUGUCUGUCGAUAUGACAGAUUCAUAAAAGCAUUUAACAGGAGUGAACAACAACCAGACUAUGAUCCCAUUUUGCUCCUUGAAGAAGCAGAAUGCUGCCCAGCCACUAUACCAAGGUACAACUCGGCACCUUACACUGUGACCUGCUUAACUGCAAAUUGGCAAUACACGUUGGAUGGCGAUAAUGUCUGGGCGCUAUGUCCCAGUGGUUAUUACUUGUCUGGCCUCUAUAUCAGCAUGGGGGUUAUGCUGAUGGAUAUUGAACGGGCAAGAUGCUGUCGUCCACAGCAGCACCCCGACAGAUAUGGAGAUUGUUACGACGAAGAUGUUUCUACAUCGUUCGACAGUAAGGGCUGGAGCGAAUGUGCUAGGGCAGGCUAUUUGAUGACUGGUUUCUACAAGGGCAAUUGUGACUUCCUUCAUUGUAUUGAAAAAUUUAGAUGCUGCAGCAUGAUAUAAACUACUGAUCUACAAAAAAGCCUGGAAACAGAUGGGGACCACAUUUACUUGGCUGUGAAAAUAAGGGCUAAUUAUAGUUUGAGAUAAGAAUUACAAUUUGAAACAAGCACACUUGAGCUGGUGCAUAAGUUAGUUCAGGUUACUGAAUAAAACCGAAAAUAAUAACA